UUGCUAUAAAAUAAAAAAUGGAAAUAGUAUCUUAGUUUAAGCAUAGUGAAUCAAAAAUAGAUUUGACGUUGGAUGAUUGGCAGGAGUCCAUCUUCACCAUAAGCGCUCAACGAAAGAAAAAAAGUACUUUCGAUUUCUCAAGAGAAUGUUUCUGCUGAGAGAAUCUACGAGGGGGAGGAUCCAUGGGGGGUAACAAAAAAAAGAAAGAAACGUGUUUUUUUUAAGUCACUUUCACUGGAGCUUAGCAGCCAAUUACUGAAGGUCUCCUAACAGCAGGCUGUGUGCGGACCAGCGCAGGACACAGGUGUUCCCCACAGCCCGCAUGGACCUCUGAGAUGCUGCUGAAACGCAACGGACGGCUCUGUGUGAUGGUUGUGACCUGCAUGUUUUUCUCAAGAGGAUAUCUGUGGUCCUUCCGAGAGGAGGACAGCGACGAUGCAGUCAGAGGGGACUGCUCGGAAGGCAACGUCGCCACCACCAGGUACCCGUGCCUGAAGUCCAGCGGGGAGAUCACCACGUGUUACAGGAGGAAAUGUUGUGAGGGGUUCAAGUUUGUGCUGGGCCAGUGCAUUCCUGAAGAGUACGAUGUGUGUGCCAGCGCCCCCUGUGAGCAGCAGUGCACCGACCACUUUGGCCGUGUGGUGUGCACCUGUUACCGCGGUUACCGCUACGACCGCGAGCGACACCGGAACCGCGAGAAGCCCUACUGCCUAGACAUCGACGAGUGCUCCAACCGGACCCUGAGCAGAUGUGCCCAGGGGUGUGAGAACUCGGCCGGCAGCUACAGGUGUGUGUGUGAGCGGGGCUACUUUCUGGAGGAGGACGGGAGGUCCUGCACCAAGGGGGACAGAGCCCCUCGCCUCUCUGUGAAGUCUGAGAACUUCAUGUACGCAGGCACCUGCUCGGCCACCUGCGAGGACUUCCACCAGAUCAAAAUGGCCGUCCUGCAGUUGAAACAAAAGAUGACCCUGACCCCCGGCUACCCCGAGGUGCCGGAGCAGAUGACCAAUCAGAAGAGGGUGACCUCACCCGCAUUCCUACCGGGCCCUCCGGGUUUGCCUGGACCUCCAGGGCCUCUAGGACCUGCAGGACAGGUGGGUCUGGUAGGGCCCUCCGGCGAUCCUGGACCCAGAGGCCUCAUGGGUCCCAUGGGUCCGUCCCCAGACCUGUCCCACAUCAAACAGGGCCCUCGAGGACCAAUGGGCUCCUCCGGUGCUCCGGGAAGAGACGGGACCAAGGGGCAGAGGGGAGCUACAGGGCAGCCUGGACCGGCAGGCCCGCCAGGUUCCUUUGACUUCCUGCUGCUGCUGAUGGCCGACAUCCGCAACGACAUCGCCCAGCUGCAGGACAAGGUGUACGGUCGGGCCGUGCCCUUCCCCGGCCUCGAGGACGGGGCCCCCGCCGUACCCGACAGCUGGAGGGUCGGGCCCCCAGACGGGCCCCCGGACGGACCCCUGGACGGGCCCCUGGACAGUGGCGAGACGGGCUCCGGAGAGGACUAUAGAGACAGGAGGCCCUGGGCCGGGACAGGCCCCAAGAAGAGCAGGAAGAGGAAAAUGAUCCGGAGCUCCGAUUGGACGAAUUGAAAACAUUAAAGAUAAAAUGGGGGCGGGUCUUUUUAUGGGUUGAUUGAUUGAUUGCUAAUUUAACGACAUACGGAGCAGAAUAGUUUAUAUAUUCCUUUUUGUCUAAGAGAUCUUUAUUUUUGUAUACUUUUUCUUACAGUUGUCCUAUUUUUAUAUAUGAGGUAUUUUAUUUGUAAUUGUCUCAGUGCAUGUGUAGUCUUGCAUUUUAACCAAUCUCCUUCAUAGGUAUCUGGACGUCCUACAUUAAAACUAACCUGCUGUCCUUACACACAGCCUUCUGUUCUGCCCUUUGCGCGCUGAUAAAGACACAGGUUCAGUCCAAGGGUGACUAUUUAGUUUUUCCACCUUUAUUCACUCAUGUUAGUCACAGUUAUAUAAUUAUUGGUGAUGAAAUUUGUUAUGUAAUGCAGCGUAAAUCACAGUGAUCUCAAAUGAAUCAAUCGCUUGCGCCCUUUUGGAGUACAGACAGAGUAACUGCCAUAUGUUAGCCACUGUUUGAAAAAACGAUUUAAACAAAUCUGGGUCAAAUCCUAAACAGAUUGUUAUUUUCUAUCAAGCGGUCAUCAAUAGCUCAAAUUGAUUUGAUCAUUGAUCACACAUAUUUCUUACUAUAGCCUAGUCCCAUUUCAACAAAGAAAUGUGUUACUUCUACAGGUGCUACCGGUUUAAUCUUGUUUAUCGUUGUUAUCACGUGUAUCCAUCCCAUCUUGUGUUAAAUACUCUACUUUCUUCAGGAAAAGCAGACUCAUCUCAUUGACAUUUAUCGUUGAAAAGUCACCAGAACAAGAUGUUACACAUGAAUUAUGGUAUAUAAAUUGACAUUUAUGCUAUGUUGUAUUUGAUCCAAAUGUGUUCAGUUCACGUAAUCUAUGUAUUCAGACACUAUUGAUUAUUAUUGUAAGUACCAAGCCAAUGGUAUGCAGAAAUGAAUUGCCUAAUAUUUUCCAAAGAAGCACUCAGACAGAUGAUACAGAGAUUAUGUGUCAUUUCUUCAGAGUAGUUCAGGAAAAUGUACCCACUAAAAGCCAUUUUUAUUUCAAAUGUUAAGUAUUAAUCAAAGCAGCAUGUAAGUAGUGAUUAACGUUUACAAACGCAGGGCUGAUGUCUGAACUAAGAUCCCUUCAUUGUGUUCAUAACAACAAGUUCCACUAGAGGGCAGUCGUUUCUCAUUUACCGUACAAAUUCACAUUCAGUAAUGGCUAAAGUGUUCACAUUGAAUUAGACAAAUCCAUGAUAGAAUUAUUAUUUUAGAUACAAUCAAAUCAAUCAAAUGUUUUCUGUACAUAGGGUCAAAGAUAACUGAAUUUAAAAAAUGAGGAAAUAAGUUCUGUGUUUUAUAAUUCUAAACUUAUAUUUCUACUUCUUACUUUGGACAUUGUAGCAGUAAAUCCACUCAAUUAUUAUGUCACCCAACUGUAACAGCAGCAAUGGCCAGUUGAGUGCCAGGUAUGCUAUAACAUUAUAAUAUUGUAAUUUUAUGAGGGCAAAUUCCUUUCUUGCAAAAAGAUGUGCAAGGAAUUUAGUGUGUGUGUGUGUGUGUGUGUGUGUGUGUGUGUGUGU